AACGCAAGUCUUCCAACUCGGAUCAAAGCCAACUCCCAGCGGAUUUGCGUCGGCACUCUUAAACUCUUUUCCCAAACAAAACUCAAACUAAAGAUGAAGCACAUCGCAGCUUACCUUCUCCUCACCCUCGGUGGCAACACCUCUCCUUCUGCCAGCGACAUCAAGUCUCUGCUGGAGACUGUUGGCAUUGAUGCUGACUCUGAGCGAUUGGACAAGCUGAUCUCUGAGCUCCAGGGCAAGGACAUUAACGAGCUCAUCCUCGAGGGACAGGGCAAGCUUGCCUCGGUACCCUCCGGUGGUGUUGCUGCUGCUGGUGGUGCCUCUGCUGGUGCCGCUGCUGGUGGUGCUGCCCCUGCUGCUGAGAAGGAGGAGGAGAAGAAGGAGGAGGAGAAGGAGGAGUCUGACGAUGACAUGGGCUUCGGUCUCUUCGACUAAACGUCUCUCCCCCUCUCUCUCGCACCUCGACGACGUGUGCGACCAACACUCUGCCAACUUCGAGAGCGUAUGGCUCCACUCGUCUGUCACUCCUGCAAACCCCUGCUUCGCGAACUGUCAGAAGGGUUCUCUCUUCUCUCUUGUAUGCAAA